UUCAGGUGCUUAAGGGAGUGAAUGGUAGAUGUUGGGAAUGGAGAGAGGGAAGGAUAUGAAGUUUUGUUGCUUUGAAGUUGCUUACAAGAAGUUACAGGAUUGUGGAUUGGUCCAUCAGGAGGAAGCAGUAGAAGGUGUUUCUCCACAGCUGCUCAUUGUGCCAGAGGCAGAAAGGAUGAGUGAAGUGCUAGAUGAAACUUUUGGGCCAUUGCCUCUUUUGGCUCCUGUAAGGAAAUUCAAGAGGCAACCUUCUGGCCAUUAUACUAGCAAAGAUGUACAGGACUUGUUUGGCAAGAGGCGAGCAGCUAAUGCAAGAGAGCGCCACAGGGUCCAGAGUAUAAAUGGUGGUUUUUCAAAGCUCAAGAGUAUCGUGCCUUUGAUUUCUAAAGAUCGAAAGCCAAGCAAAGUUCAUGUGCUCAGGGCUGCAUCAGAAUAUAUUCGCCUACUACGUAUUAUUUUAGAGGAAUCCGGAGGUACUGAAGAGAUCGCCGACAAUAACAAUAAUGCACAAAUUCCCAAAUCUGGGGAGUCACAGUCGUUGGAGAACAAUGUAUCUCCAGGAAGCACCCUGGCUGACCAUAGGCCCCACCAUCAAGAGGAUGAAAUGGGAAAUCAGCAAGAGCCUAUGGCUUAUGAAGAAGUACGCAACAUCUGGGAUAAUCGUAUCAUGCCCUUUCUGGGACUUGUCCAACUACAGGAUGGAAGCUUGAUCUUCCAAGCAAAUGAAGGCUCCUGUUCCAAUGUAGCAAUUAGGUUAAGUCUGAACUAGUACAGAUCCUAAGGCCAUUGGCAUUGACACCGGAAAAUGUGCCUGGAUUAAAUCCAUUGUGUAAAGUUGCAAAAUACUGAACUGUAAAUGUUAAAUAUACAUUAAA